AUGGGUUCCACAGAAGACCUUGACUAUCCUCAAAUCAUCGUGCAAUACAGCAAUGGAUUUUUAAUCUCAAAGGUUAUGUUCACUGCCUGUGAGCUGGGGGUGUUUGAUCUUCUUCUGGAGUCAGGAAAGCCUCUGUCUUCAGAUGCCAUUGCUGCAGGUCUGGGUGCCAGCACCAUGGGGAUGAGAAGACUGCUGGAUGCCUGUGUGGGAUUGAAGCUCUUGGCAGUAGAGAUGACACAAGAAGGAGCCCUCUACAGAAACACAGAAAUUUCCAAUGUCUACCUUACAAAAUCAAGUCCGAAGUCUCAGUAUCACAUUAUGAUGUAUUAUUCCAACACAGUCUACUUGUGCUGGCAGUACCUGGCUGAUGCUGUGAGAGAAGGAAGAAACCAGUAUGAAAGAGCUUUUGGUGUAUCAUCUAAAGACCCUUUUGGAGCAAUGUACAGAUCAGAUGAAGAAAUGCUAAAAUUCAUGGCUGGCCAGAACUCAGUAUGGAGUAUAUGUGGCAGAGAUGUCCUUGCUGCAUUUGACCUUUCCCCUUUCAGGCAGAUCUAUGACCUGGGAGGAGGUGGAGGAGCUUUGGCCCAAGAGUGUGUUUCUUUGUAUCCAAAUUCUACUGUCACAAUUUAUGACCUGCCCAAAGUUGUGCAGGUGGCCAAAGAACAGUUUGUUUCCCCCGAGGAGCGUCAGAUCACUUUCCAUGAAGGAGACUUCUUUAAUGAUUCAAUACCUGAAGCUGAACUGUAUAUUUUAUCCAAGAUACUGCAUGAUUGGGAUGAUGACAAAUGCAAACAACUGCUGGCAAAAGUCUACAAAGCUUGCAAACCUGGUGGGGGAGUGCUGCUGGUUGAAUCCCUUCUGAAUGAAGAUAGAAGUGGGCCUAUAGAAACUCAGUUGUAUUCGAUGAAUAUGUUGGUGCAGACAGAAGGGAAAGAGAGAACAGCAGCAGAGUACAGCAAGCUCCUGGAGGCAGCUGGCUUUGGAGUGAUUCAAGUAAAGAGGACUGGAAAACUCUAUGAUGCUGUUUUAGGAAGGAAAUAG